GUUUCAUCAACGGCAGCUGUUAGAGGAGACACGAGGAGGCUGUCCCAGUCUGACUCGUCCAACUCAGCUGGACGUUGAAAGGAACAGUCACUCACAGUAUGGAGCCCAGGAGGUGAAAGUAAACCCCACACCUUUACCUGCUGCUGCUCCUGCUGUCCAGGAGAAAGGUAAGAGAGCCUCGUCGCUCUGUGGGCCACUUCCAGUUGCAUUCAUUUGUACCAUUUUCCAUAAAAAGGCGGGUUUUUUUUGUUUUGUUUUGUAAGUCUUACUCAGUGGUUCCCAACAUUUUUAGACUUGUGUACCCCCUGAGCUAUUUUGUCAUACCAGUAGAACCCCUUCUAUCAAACGUAAUGAUGAUUCUCUGAAACUAUAAUGUACAACAGCUGAUUAUUAAAGGGAU